GCACCUCACGUUAGGGCUCGGAGUUUUAACCAUAGGGUGGAGGGGCGCGCGGAUCCGGAGUGCUGGCACCGCGGAGUGGGUUUGGCGAGCACGGGACGCCGAGGCUCGCGCCCGGAGUUGUGCGGGGAUUGGGUGACCCGCGGCUUCCUCCGCCUCCAGCCAAUCGCCGGGGAGGACUUCCUGGAGGAUUUUCCUGCGCUGGGGUGUAGCUCGGUCCUUAAGUACGCGGUGGCCGUUGGUGCCGGGAGACCGUGCUCUUCACCUGCAGCCAUGAGGCUCCGGAAAGCCUGCCUGCUCGUCCUGCUCUUGGCGAUGGCGCAGCUCCUGGUCGCGGCGAAUGCCGGGGGAGCGGACGAAGAUUCUUCUGAUACAGAAAAUGCCAUUGAGGAUGAAGAUGAGGAGGAGGAGGAGGAAGACGACGAGGAAGAAGACUUGGAAGUUAAGGAAGAAAAUGGUGUCUUGGUCCUAAAUGAUGCAAACUUUGAUAAUUUUGUGGCUGACAAAGAUACAGUGCUACUGGAGUUCUAUGCACCAUGGUGUGGACAUUGCAAACAGUUUGCUCCAGAAUAUGAAAAAAUUGCCAGGACCUUGAAGGACAAUGAUCCUCCCAUUGCUGUUGCUAAGGUUGAUGCAACUUCUGCAUCCAUGCUGGCUAGCAGGUUUGAUGUGAGUGGCUACCCCACCAUCAAGAUCCUGAAGAAGGGACAGGCUGUUGACUAUGAAGGUUCCAGGACGCAGGAAGAAAUCGUUGCCAAGGUCAAAGAAAUCUCGCAGCCCAACUGGACACCUCCACCUGAAGUCACACUUGUGUUGACCAAAGAUAACUUUGAUGAAGUUGUCAGUGAUGCAGACAUCAUUCUGGUGGAGUUUUAUGCUCCAUGGUGUGGACACUGCAAGAAACUUGCUCCUGAGUACGAGAAGGCCGCCAAGGAGCUCAGCAAGCGUUCUCCCCCAAUCCCUCUGGCCAAAGUCGAUGCCACUGCAGAGACAGAACUGGCCAAGAGAUUCGAUGUCUCUGGUUAUCCCACCUUGAAGAUUUUCCGCAAGGGAAGGCCUUUUGACUACAAUGGCCCUCGAGAGAAAUAUGGAAUUGUUGACUACAUGAUUGAGCAGUCUGGACCUCCCUCGAAGGAGAUUCUGACCCUGAAGCAGGUCCAGGAAUUCCUAAAGGAUGGAGAUGAUGUCAUCAUCAUUGGAGUUUUCCAGGGGGACAGUGACCCAGCCUACCAACAGUAUCAGGAUGCUGCUAACAAUCUGAGAGAAGAUUACAAAUUUCACCACACUUUCAGCACUGAAAUAGCUAAGUUCUUGAAGGUCUCCCUGGGGAAGUUGGUUGUAAUGCAGCCUGAGAAAUUCCAGUCGAAGUAUGAACCCAGGAGCAGGGUGAUGGAUGUGCAGGGUUCCACGGAGGCUUCAGCCAUCAAGGAGCACGUGCUGAAGCAUGCCCUGCCUUUAGUAGGCCACCGCAAAACCACCAACGAAGCCAAGCGGUAUACCAAGCGCCCCCUAGUGGUCGUCUACUACAGUGUGGACUUCAGCUUCGAUUACAGAGCUGCUACUCAGUUUUGGCGGAACAAAGUCCUGGAAGUGGCCAAGGACUUUCCUGAGUACACGUUUGCCAUUGCUGAUGAGGAGGACUAUGUCACAGAGGUGAAGGAUCUAGGGCUCAGUGAGAGUGGGGAGGACGUCAAUGCAGCCAUCCUGGACGAGAACGGGAAGAAGUUUGCCAUGGAGCCAGAGGAGUUUGAUUCUGACACCCUCCGGGAGUUUGUCACAGCUUUCAAAAAAGGAAAACUGAAGCCAGUUGUCAAAUCGCAGCCAGUACCCAAGAACAAGGGGCCAGUCAAGGUGGUGGUGGGAAAGACCUUCGAUGCCAUCGUUAUGGAUCCCAAGAAGGAUGUCCUCAUAGAGUUCUAUGCACCAUGGUGUGGGCACUGCAAACAGCUGGAGCCCGUCUACACCAGCCUGGCCAAGAAGUACAAGGGCCAGAAGAACCUGGUCAUCGCUAAGAUGGAUGCUACCGCCAAUGACAUCACCAGUGAGCACUACAAGGUGGAGGGCUUCCCCACCAUCUACUUCGCCCCCAGUGGGGACAAAAAGAACCCGAUUAAAUUUGAGGGUGGAGACAGAGACCUGGAGCACUUGAGCAAGUUUAUAGAUGAACAUGCCACAAAGUGGAGCAGGACAAAAGAAGAACUUUGAAGACCUGGAGGUCUGCAGGAGGUGGGAGGGGCCAGACACUGUAGCCACCAGCGGCCACUGAGUGAGCCCCUGAGGGCUGAGGCCAUGGGUGAAAUAGCAGUAUCUUGGCCUUUUUUUUUUUUUUUUUUUUAAGCUAUACUUGGGUAUGUCACCUUGUGCUCUGAAUACUGAAUAGCCAUGAAUGACUCUAGUUUAGAUCAAAUUUUUAUGGAGGAUACAUCUAUUUUUAUCAUUUUGGGUCUGAUUUUUUUUUUUUAAUCUUCUUUAAUAUUUCUUCAAAACAGAUAAGUUGAAUUCUUUUGUGAGAAUGUUUUCUUUUUUUAAUUUAAAGUUUAAAAAGUCUUUGCCAAA